UUGGGUUGGUUGGUUUGAUUUGGUUUUGUUGGGUUUGGGGGAAUCCGGUCCGGUCCGGUCCCGUUGGCCGUUCGGCCAUUGUCGUCAUGGCUGGUUGCUGGUUGUCCUUGCCGUUUGUUCUGUCUGACUCUGACUCGGACUCUGACUCGGACUCUGGCUCUAAUGUUUUGCACCCGCUUACUACUCAUUCUGCCUCUGUUUUGUGGUCUCUACUUUCUGGUUUGGUUUGGUUUGGCUUGAUUCUGGUUCUGGUUCUGGUUCUGGUCCUGGUUCCUGCCCUUUUUGCAAAUUUCUGCCCCUGUUUCUGCCCCUGCCCCUGUUUCUGUCCCUGUCCCUGUUCGUGUCCCUCCCAUAGAGAUGAUGACCUUACCCUAUAGAUCCUUAUUAGGAAUAUUAGACUGCGGCGAC